UCGCCAUGGCAAUUCUCUUGGCAGCUUCCUAACUGUCGCCUUUUUUAUACAUUUUACACGAGUUUUUCUAAUAUCAGCGCCUAGAACAUAGAUAUAGUGUGUGCGUGCGUGUGCUAUGAUGUAACUACGGCGCGCGAAGACCGCCGUAAGAUCGUCGUUGAACGCAUAGAACGCGGGCGGACCUAGCCACGUUCCGAGUCUCUGAAAAGCGACACAGGUGCGUACCGACAGUGGCAUCCCGUGGAGGGAUGUACGAAGUUUCCGUGCAGUAGCGACCGACGUAGCACGUGGCACGCUGCGACGGUGGUGUUAAGUGUGCAGUGAUCACGGGUGGUCGAGGGAAGGCGGGAAAGAAGGUGGUCAAUAUGACUCCUAUCUUCCUCGUCGUGUUGCUGGCGAUUGACCCGAUUAUCGCGCAGAAUACCGGUCCGCCGACGAUCCUGGUGAAGCCACAAUCGCAGCAGGUAAAGGCAGGCGGGAUAGCGAGCUUCUACUGCACUGCGGAAGGAGCACCGCCGCCCCAGAUACAUUGGCGAAAGAACGGCAAAAAAAUCUCACAAUCCCAGUCCCGGUACGUGGUGCACCAGUAUGAAAAUGGUGCUUUACUGCGGAUCGAACCUGUCAAGCCGUCGCGCGACAAUACCAACUACGAGUGCCUAGCUGAGAACGGAGUCGGCGACGCUGUUUCAGCCGAGGCGACGCUCACCGGUUACGAAACGGAGAAUCUACCGAUGGGUUUUCCGAUGAUCACUCAAGCGCCAACGACGAAGGUAGUCGAGAUGGGUCACAACGCUGUCCUUCUUUGCACUGCGGUUGGAUCCCCGACGCCCAUCAUCUCCUGGGUACGAGAUAUGCUGCCUAUCGAUACGUCAAAUCCACGAUACACGGUUCUGGAUUCCGGUGCUUUGCAGAUCACCGAAUCCGACGUAAGCGAUCAAGGAAAAUACGAAUGCGUUGCUAACAAUUCCGUAGGCACAGAGUACUCCAAGUCAACUACGUUAUACGUAAAAGUACGUCGUGUUUCACCAAGCUUCUCGAUUCCUCCACCGACGGUGAGCGAGGUGAUGUUAGGCGGUUCGCUGAAUCUCACUUGUGUCGCCGUGGGUGCGCCCAUGCCCUACGUCAAAUGGAGAAAGGACCCAGCAACCGAUUUGACGCCGGAAGACAACUUGCCAGUUGGCAAAAAUGUCUUGAUGCUGAUUGACAUCAAAGAGUCCGCCAAUUACACAUGCACGGCCGCCAGCGAUCUCGGUGUAAUUGACGCAACCACAAUGGUGAAAGUUCAAUCUCUUCCCGGUCCACCGGAGAACGUUCAAGUGUCCGACAUCACUGCGACGUCGGUGAAGCUGAGCUGGUCCUACAAAGGACCGGAUGAGCUGCAGUAUUACGUAAUUCAGCAUAAACCGAAGCAUGUGAACCAGGCAUAUGCCGAGAUAUCUGGUAUCACGACGAUGUACUACCAUGUUAGGAGUCUCAGUCCUUAUACGGAGUACGAGCUCUACGUUAUAGCCGUGAACAGCAUCGGGCGUGGUCCCCCAAGUGCCCCGGUGAUAGUCACCACUGGUGAAACAAAACCCGGUACAGCACCGCGGAAAGUUCAAGUACGGCCGUUGAGCUCCAGCACGAUGGUCAUACAGUGGGAUGAACCGGAAACUCCGAACGGUCAAGUGACGGGAUACAAAGUGUAUUACACAACGGAUUCGAAUCAACCCAUGGCGUCGUGGCAAUACCAGAUGGUAGAUAACAGCCAGUUGACAACCAUCUCGGAGCUGACGCCGCAUACGAUUUAUACCAUAAGAGUCCAGGCGCUUACGAGCGUCGGUCCUGGACCUCUUAGUCUGCCGGUGCAAAUCAAAACACAGCAAGGGGUACCGAGUCAACCCGAAAUGCUAACGGCGGUCGACAUCGGGGAGACCAAAGUAACGCUCCAAUGGAGCAAGCCCGCUCAUAGCGCUGAGAAUAUUCUCAGCUAUGAGCUGUAUUGGAAUGACACUUACGCAAAGGAAAAGCAUCAUCGCAGGAUACCGGUCACCGAGAACUAUACUUUGACCGGCCUAUAUCCGAACACCUUGUACUACGUAUGGCUGGCUGCGAGGAGUCAAAGAGGAGAGGGUGCCACGACGAUACCGUAUCCGGUUCGCACCAAACAGUACGUCCCCGGGGCUCCGCCUCGCAAUGUAACCGGCAAAGCGAUCAGCCCGACUUCUAUAUUGGUAUCGUGGGAACCGCCGGCCGCUGAACGCUCCAACGGGAGGAUCACCUACUACAGGCUGCAAGUCGUCGAGAGCGGUCGCUCUGACUCCGAGGCGAGGAAUAUCAAACUGAAUGACACGCGUUUCGUGUUGGACGAGCUCAAAAAGUGGACCGAGUAUCGGAUCUGGGUAUUGGCCGGGACCAGAGUAGGUGACGGGCCUCCGAGUUAUCCUAUCUCGGUCAGAACUCACGAGGACGUGCCGGGGGAUCCUCAGGACGUCAAAGUCACGCCGAUCAACUCGACGACGAUACACGUCGAGUGGAAGCCGCCGAAAACAAAAGAGCAGAACGGCGUCAUACGGGGAUAUCACAUACACGUGCAAGAAGUGAGGGAAGAGGGGAAAGAUCUACUGAAUGAACCGAUACGUCGAGACGUGCACGAAGGCGUGUUAGAAGUGAACAUCACCGGACUGCAACCGGACACGAGAUACUCGGUACAAGUGGCAGCGUUGACGAGAAAAGGAGACGGGGACCGUUCAGUACCGAUACACGUUAGGACCCCGGGCGGUGUACCAAAUAGACCACAGGUCAACGUAAAAGUCCUGAGUAGAGGCCCUGAUGUCUUGGAGCUUGAAUGGGGCCAGCCUACUCAAACCUACGGUAAUCUGUUGGGAUACCGUAUUCGAUACGGUAUAAAGAAUCAAACGCUUAAAGAAGAAUUUAUCGAGGAUACGCGUCAGCAUACAUACAAAAUCACGGAUCUUGGAGAACAAGGCGUUGAUUACGAGUUCAGAGUAGCGGGCAAAAAUGACAUCGGUUUCGGCCAAGAGACCGUACGGUACUGGUUCAGUCCGGAAGGCGAGCCAACUGGACCACCAACGAACCUUUCGUACUUCUUUCAAACUCCCGACACUGUGUGCGUGACCUGGGACAAACCGCUUCGGCAGCACAGAAACGGACAAAUAAUCGGAUACGAUGUACAGUUUAACAAAAAGAACGAUCACUCUACCACUAUAGAUAGAAACACGACUAAAACGAGAGCGGUAUUCACGAACCUAGAGGAGAACACUGAAUACGUCUUUCAUGUGCGAGCGCACACGUCGCAAGGCAGCGGUCCGUACUCCGAGAAAAUCACGAUAAUGACGGAAAAGGACAUUGGCCGAGCUCCGAUGUCCGUAAGAGCGGUGGCCACAUCGGAUUCCAGCGUGGAGGUAUGGUGGGAGCCAGUACCCAACAGAGGAAAGAUCGUCGGUUAUCAGAUUUUCUACACAACGACCGCCGUGGAAGAUCUCGAUGAAUGGAAGCAGAAGAUCGUCGGUCUGACAGAAUCGGCGGAUCUUAUCAAUCUGGAAAAGUUUACGCAGUACGCUAUAACAGUAGCGGCACGUUACAAGACUGGUCUCGGAAGACUCAGCGAAAAAGUCACAGUUAAGGUGAAGCCAGAAGACGUACCGUUGAAUCUCAGAGCACCGGAUUCGUCAACGCAUUCGAUGUCUCUUUCCUGGACUCCGCCCAUAAGACUGACUCCACUAAAGUACAAAGUUUCAUUUGAUGCUGUUAAAGAGUUCGUGGAUUCUCAAGGUAUAACGCAGACGCAACUCGUGCCCCGCAGGCAGAUUCUAUUGGAACCUCAAAUCACAAGUACAACGAUAAAUGAACUGCAACCGUUUACCACCUAUAACGUCAACGUGAGCGCUGUACCGCGCGACGGUCAGUACAGACCGCCGGCGAAGAUUACAGUCACUACGCAGAUGGCUGCGCCCAAGCCGAUGGUAAAGCCGGACUUCUACGGUGUGGUUAACGGCGAGGAGAUUCAAGUUAUUCUGCCGCAAGCUUCCGAGGAGUAUGGUCCAAUCUCACAUUAUUAUCUCAUCGUUGUACCAGAGGAUAAAAGCACGGCCGAUAAGCAGCCAGAUGAAUUGACGGAGGAUAUGAUCAGUGGAAAAGGUGCCAAGCAGGAAAGAGAAAACGCGCCCUAUAUCGCAGCUAAGUUUCCACACAGAGACAUUCCAUAUACGUUCCAUUUAGGCAGCGGAGACAUCUACGAGGGAUACGAAAACCGGAAGCUCACUAAAAAUAAGCGAUACAGAAUAUUCGUACGAGCCGUAGUCGAUACUCCGCGAAAGCAUUUAUACACGUCGUCACCGUUUUCUGAAUAUUUAUCUCUGGACAUGAGGGAAGUACCUCCCGGCGAGCCACCACGUCGGCCGAAUCCCAACACGCCUUCCGACGGAAAUCCGGAAGUGUCCGUAAAAACUAGUGGUCAAGAACCAGGGAUGGUAUGGGUAGUUGGUCCUAUAAUCGCGGCAUUGAUGGUUAGCGUUUGCCUUGUGCUUCUAUUCGUCAUUAAAAAACGAAGACAGCCAUGUAAAGCGCCGGAUCAAGCAGCCGUCACACGACCACUCAUGGCAGCAGAUAUAAGUUCCAAUCACGCACCAUCGGACCCGGUGGAAAUGCGACGAUUAAAUUUCCAAACUCCUGGCAUGAUCUCACACCCGCCGAUUCCUAUUAGCGAACUAGGCAAUCACAUAGAACGUCUGAAAGCGAAUGACAAUCUGAAGUUCAGUCAAGAAUACGAGUCGAUAGAACCUGGCCAACAAUUCACGUGGGACCAUUCCAAUAUGGAAAUCAAUGCAUCGAAGAAUCGUUAUGCCAAUGUAAUUGCGUACGAUCACUCGCGAGUUAUACUUCAAACAGUUGAUGGUAUGCCGGGUUCCGAUUACAUCAACGCCAAUUACUGCGACGGUUACAGAAAACAGAAUGCAUACGUGGCUACCCAAGGACCAUUGCAGGAGACAUUCGGGGACUUUUGGCGUAUGUGUUGGGAGUUACGUACCAGUACGAUCGUGAUGAUGACAAAGUUGGAAGAGAGAACAAGGAUAAAAUGCGAUCAAUAUUGGCCUACCAGGGGAUCGGAGACUUAUGGACAGAUGACCGUGACCAUCAGCGAUAUUCAAGAACUGGCGACCUAUUGUAUUCGUACAUUCCAAGUUUGUCGAAUUGGCUAUUCCGAGCGGCGGGAGAUAAAACAGCUGCAAUUCACAGCCUGGCCUGAUCAUGGCGUACCAGAACACCCUGCACCGUUCUUGCAAUUCUUGCGCAGAGUUAGAUCCCUCAAUGUACCCGAUAGUGGUCCAUUGGUGGUACACUGUAGCGCGGGCGUAGGAAGAACUGGCUGUUUCAUAGUUAUAGACUCGAUGUUGGAAAGGAUCAAACACGAGAAGAUGAUCGACAUUUAUGGCCACGUCACGUGUCUACGUGCUCAAAGGAAUUACAUGGUACAGACCGACGCUCUGCUGGAGGCGGUGAUUUGCGGCAAUACAGAAGUACCGGCCAGAAAUCUACAUUCUCAUAUUCAGAAGCUCAUGCAACCGGAGAUCGACAAUAUAACUGGAAUGGAAUUGGAAUUCAAGAAGCUUUCCAAUAUCAAGGCUGAUUCAACUAGAUUUAUAUCCGCGAAUCUACCGUGUAACAAACACAAAAACCGACUGGUCCAUAUUCUGCCUUAUGAGUGCACCAGAGUAUGCCUACAACCGCAGCGUAAUAUCGAGGGAUCUGAUUACAUAAACGCGAGUCUGAUUGAUGGAUAUCGCUAUCGGGGUGCUUACAUAGCUACGCAAGGUCCUUUAUGCGACACUACUGACGAUUUCUGGCGUAUGCUUUGGGAGCAUAAUUCUACGAUCGUCGUUAUGUUGACGAAACUGAAAGAGAUGGGCAGAGAGAAAUGUCAUCAAUAUUGGCCGUCCGAUCGAUCUAUUCGUUAUCAAUGCUUCGUCGUGGAUCCGAUCGCGGAGUACAAUAUGCCGCAGUAUAUUUUACGAGAGUUCAAGGUGACGGACGCGCGCGACGGAGCGAGUCGCACAGUCAGACAAUUCCAGUUCAUCGACUGGCCGGAACAGGGUGUACCGAAAUCCGGUGACGGUUUCAUCGACUUUAUUGGACAGGUGCACAAAACGAAGGAGCAAUUCGGCCAGGACGGACCGAUCACCGUGCAUUGCAGCGCCGGCGUAGGAAGGACGGGUGUCUUUAUAACGCUUAGCAUCGUUUUGGAGCGAAUGCAGUACGAAGGUGUGGUCGACAUAUUCCAGACUGUGAGAAUAUUACGCACGCAACGUCCAGCUAUGGUUCAAACCGAGGAUCAAUAUCAGUUCUGCUAUCGGGCUAGUUUGGAAUAUUUAGGCUCCUUCGAUCAUUACGCCAACUGACAAGCCGACACUCGCGAGCAGAGGGAUCUGUCGAGGGACAAACGAGACCGGCAAAGAGUCGAGAGAGAUAUCGAGAGAGCAAAAAUACGACGUGUCUAGUACAAUAAAGUCGUAUGACAUACUCGUACCUUCCAAGGACAAAUACAGUAGUAAUGCGAUUACUAGUGUCGUGGGCAGUUAAUAUAGAGAUGAAAUGUUUAGUCAAUGGUGUUGCAGUAAAUGCAAAUGCACCGGAAAUUUUCACUUCUGAUAUAUGUAAAUGUGCGGAAUCGUACUGAAGAGCAUUCGGUUUAGGCUAAUCUCUUUUUAGAAACUAGAUUUAAAAGUUCCCCUGCGGUGACGCGAGUUAAAACUGCCGUUUAGAAAUACGUACAAUACACGUGGUUACACGGGCGAUCGUGUCGUACGAUGUCACGUAGAUAUGUUCUCUUUUUUAUGCUUCUUAAUUUCCAAGCAUUUACGUCAAAGAAUCAAUCAGCCAAGUACGACGAUGUAAUCAAAAUUAUGUACCGUCAUCGCGUAGGAUAUCAUAUUCGCGAAUUAGUGAAUUGGAACAUAUCCCAUUAUUAAGUCGAUCAUUCGCAAAAGCAUUUUUUAACGUCUAAAUCUAAUUUUAAGAUAGACUGAAGAUAUCGACCAUAUCUCUCUCCUACUCGAAACAUAGUGCAUUUUCUGUGCAUAGUAUCUCUUACAAACUGAGACAGUGAAGAUCAAAAUCUUUCCUAUUUAUUGAGGAUAAGAGUGCUUCCUUCAACGAGGCGAAUUACAUAGAGGAACGAGAUGGUCUCGACGUCGACAUCCAUGUUUGUGAGAGAAACAGAGUAUUGAAAUGCAUGAUCAAUUGCAUGUACGAAAUGCACAUUGUGAAAAACAAGAACCUACCGUACGUGGGAUAUUCCACGAGUACUUACUAAUGUAGAAAGAAAAAUGGAUCGAAAAAGCAGUCAAGUAACUUUCUUUAGCCACUAUAAAAUAAAGAAAGAGAGAGAUGAAAAUUUCCGCUCACAACAAAAAAAAUUGCCAUACUGCCAAAUUGACAAUUAUUAAUGCUGUACUCACUAUGAACAGUAGAGAUCUUCUCAUUAUGAUAAUGUUAGAUAGAUUAUAAGAAAUUGUUUUAAGGAUAGAUUAAGUGAUGCCAUUAGGGAAAUGAGGAUGAAAGAAGGACCCGAAUGAAAGAAGGAUGAAAGGAAACGGUGCCUAUUCAAUGAAAGGUGCGCAAGUGAAUUUGCGCACGUUUCUAUAAAAGAAGAAAAAAAACUAAUUUAAAUAGAAGCACUGUAUGUUGAAUUCGUGUACUGUUCUCCCAAGCCCUCGAUACCCUUAUGUACAAAGUUCCAACAUAGCUUCUACCUCGAAUAUUUCUAAUUGCCUUUCGAAUAUAUUGAAAUGGAUAAUUACAAAUUCAAUUAUUAGUUCAAUGUUUUUUUAGCUUACGAGUAUCUUAUUAAAAUCAAAUUUACGCUGAGUUCAUACUAUGCAUUAAAUUAUCGACGUUUGUAAUAUAAAGUUUUUCUUUUUCAAAUGCCAGAUCAAUGCCAAGAACGUACAAUGAAGAACAUCGCUACAUGAUAUAUUUGUUAUGGUGAAAAUAUUUAAUCUGGUAAUUUUAUAAAAUUUUUGAUAAUUUUACAGAA